AUCCCCUCUCCAUCUCUGAGACAAGGGCCCUGGGGUCAGCUCUGCAGUUGCCUGUGUCCCCAGCUCUUCUCUCUGGGGUCCCUGCCCUCCUUCCCGGUCUGGGUACUGGGGCGGGGCCGCCAGCUGGCCUUGGGCCCCGCCCCCGGCUCCCAUCCAAUCACAAUCCCUUCUUCCGGGGGCUGGGCCGAAGGGCUGAGCUUCCAAGCUGCUUCCAAGCUGCUAGCUCCAGCACUAGGCUCCCAGCCGGGGAUGAUGCGGGGAUGAUGCACAGCUAUUGCUCCUGUCAGCACUGCCAGAGACUGCCCCGACCUUCCGGUGUGCUGGGGCUGUUGCUGCUAUUGCUACCACUUGGUGAGUGCGGGAGUGCUGGACCCAGCUUAGCGGCUGGGCGGCACACCCUCUUCCCGGUCUAGGUAUAGGGCGUGUGAGAGCUGAGGCCCAGCCUUCCUGAACCCUGGGAACCAGGCUGGAGAGGAGGUGCGAGGGCUUCAGGGAGCGGAUUAUACGUGCCAGUGGCUUCAGGAUGCAAAAUGGGCAUGAACUGACACCUAGUCAAGGGGAAAGGACCCCAAAAUUCCACAUUGCCCAUUCUGGUAAAGGGAGACCUAGGCUCUUGUGAGACCCCCUAGACCAGCUGUGGGACCCCUGAGGCCCUCUCUUAGGGUCUGACCUGGAUUCUGGCCCCACCUAUCCUGCUCUACCUGGCUGAGAACACCUGUCUUUGGGGAUGGGGUGGGAUGGCCAAGUAAGCUAGUCCAGCCUUCAGGACAGUUAAGGGAGCCCAUAGCCCUGGACCCUGCCCCUCUUCUGUGUCCUGACUCCUUCACUUGGACCAUCCUCACCUGAUCUGUCACCCUAGAAGCUCAGAGAAAGAGCCAACCCCUUGGGACAAGACACCUCCUUCCCCCUGCUCUCCACAUAUCCUGUCCGGGUUGUGCCCAGAGGGGAGCCAGUGCAGGUGGAUCCCCAGACAUGCCCGUUGGUUCCCGUGGGUGCCUCUGUUUCACGCCUCUGUUUCACGCUGAGUCACGUCCCCCAAGCAUACCAAGGUAAACAAGCCCCCAGGGGCUUGGCCAUGAAGGGGGGCGGGGCGGCUCGUCCUAUCAAACAUUCUCCACCCCCACCCCUAGUCCUUGCAUCUCCCCUGGCAGCAGCUGCAACGGGCCGAGGGGACUGUGACACCAUAUACCAGGGCUUCGCGGAGUGUCUCAUCCGCUUGGGGGACGGCAUGGGUCUUGGAGGCGAGCUGGAGACUGUCUGCAGGUCUUGGAAUGACUUCCACAUCUGUGCCUCCCGAGUCCUGUUGCACUGCCCAGAGGAGGCCACCGCUGUGUGGGAGUCACUACAGCAAGAAGCUCGCCGGGCCGCACACCCGGAUAACUUGCAUGCUCUGUGCGGCACCCCUGUGCGUAUUAGGGAGCAUGGCACAGGCCCUGAGACCAACCAGGAGACGCUGCAGGCAAGAGCAUCUGCACCCACCCCCACCCCGACACCCCCGCUGCUGGCGGCUGCUCUGGCGCUCGCCUGCCUCCUGGGGCCUCUGGCCUAGCCAGUCUGGUGGAGUAGCAGCACCCCUGCCUCCUACCGGGGCUCUGCAGAGUGCUCUUGGCUUUCAUUAAAGGUAUUUAUGUUUGUACUAAGCUCUUUCCUUUCUUCUGGCCAGAGCCAGCCCCGCUUGGUCGGGGCGGAGCCUCCAGAAGCUGAUCCCCAGGGAUGGAUGGGCGGGGCCCAUGGCCACCACAGGGGACUCAAUCUUUCUACUUACAGACACUCAUUUCCCAGGGCUGGCUGUGCAGUUUUCCAUUGUGUGUAGGUUCCAGGAGCUCUGGUGGUGACCCGAAAUCUUCCGGAAUGCACAGCCUUCCUCUGUUCUCCUGGGCUGGCAUUUCUACCUCCUGCCUGCCCCUCCUAUUCUGGCCCCAUGGGCAUGUGAGGGGGUGAAGUGUCCCACCCCACCCCCACCCCCCUUGAGCCAGUUCACCACCAUCCCCAGGUUCGUUCUGGCCUCCACGUUCCUGCCAUCUCUGCUAACUACCAUCUUGGCCUUCAAGACAGAUUAAGUGCUGGGCGCCUGGGUGGCUCAGUUGGUUAAGCGACUGCCUUCGGCUCAGGUCAUGAUCCCGGAGUCCCAGGAUCGAGUCCCGCAUCGGGCUCCCUGCUCAGCAGGGAGUCUGCUUCUCCCUCUAACCCUUCCCCCUCUUGCGCGCUCUCUCUCACUCUCUCUCUCUAAUAAAUAAAUUAAAAAAAAAAAAUCUUUAAAAAAAAA